GAAAUUUCAGUACAUUUCCAACACAUGGCAAACUCGGCACCGCAACGUCAGUCAGAAAAUGCUAAUUUCCACAUUUGUAGUUCUCAGUGCGGUAUCUUUCGCCGAAAUAUUUCCGGUUUAUUAUAACGUCGGCGUUUUGAUGACUACAAAAUUAGAUUCACCCUUUGAUCUCGAACGAUGUGGUCCAGCCGUAGACUUGGCGCUUCGUGAUGUUAAUGAAAAAUUCUUAAAAUUGCAUAACGUGCAGUUGAAAAAAGUGCAAUCUAGCUAUACUACGUGUUCAGGUAAAUAUGCUCCAGGUCUAGCAGCAGAUAUGUAUUUUAGGGAUAACGUUCUGGCUUUUAUCGGACCAGCUUGCGCAUUUGCUCUGGAACCGGUUGCUAGGCUGGCAGAUUUUUGGAAUCGGCCUAUUAUCACUGGUAUGGGAGAUCAGCCUCCGACAGAGGGUCAAGUUUCGUUUACCUCUGGCGCUUUGGGUAAACUUCCAAAAUGGAAGAAUGUAUCAAAUUCGGUUUUAUUCAAAGACAAAAGUGAAUACCCUACUCUUACACGAAUGUCAUAUUGUCAAUGUCGACUGAAAUUGGUGUUCUUCAGCAUUUUUAGGCAAUUUGGAUGGAAUCACGUUGCUCUGAUCUUAGACAAAUCAGAUUUAUUUUCGUUAACAGUAGGUAAAAAUUUAGAGAUAGGAUUACGUAAAACCGGCGUGUUGAGCCAUGUCAAAGAAUUGGAUGGUAAUAACGAGGAAGAGCUAUGCGAAUCAUAUUUGGUGGAAGCCGGUAGACAUUCCAGAGUGAUUAUUCUCAGCGUGCGAGGACAGCUGGUACGAAAAUUUAUGCUAGUUGCCCACGAUCUAGGAAUGACCAAAGGUGAUUGGACUUUCCUUGACGUAGAAAUUGUGCGGGGCAAAUUUUGGGAUGACCAUACGUGGAAAGCGAACGACGAAAAUGAUAGUAAAGCUCGAACAGCGUACGAAGCGUUACUUCGAGUAUCGUUGCUGGAACCUACCAGUCCUUUAUUUUAUAAUUUUUCCCAGAGAGUUAAACAAACGGCGAAAGAACAAUACAACUACACGUUUGCCACCGGUGAAGAGGUUAAUUUUUUCAUCGGUGCAUUUUACGAUGGUGUUUAUCUGCUUGGAAUGGUAAUGAACGAAACGCUUACAGCUGGAGGUAAUAUUUCCGAUGGUAAAGCUAUUACAGAAUUGAUGUGGAAUAGAACUUUUCAAGGAGUGACUGGACUUGUCAGAAUCGAUGAAAAUGGAGACAGGGAUGCCGACUAUUCGAUCUUAGAUUUAGACCCAAUUACCGGAGAGUUCGAAGUUGUCGCUCAUUAUUACGGAGAAACUAGAGCAUACAGUCCAAUACCAGGAAAAAGAAUACAUUGGCCCGGUGGUAGAGAUGGGCCUCCUGAUGAUGUUCCUAGAUGUGGUUUCAUGGGUAAUCAUCCAACCUGCAUGGAAAGUGGUCAAUACGCGUUAUUUUUUUAUGGUUUUGUCAUAGUCUGUGCCUUGGCAGCUUGUGGAACAGCCGUCACGUGUUACACGAAAAAGCAAAUGAAAAUGUCAGCCGAUUUACACAACAUGAAUUGGAGAGUUCGGCCUGAAGAAGUAUUAUUAGAGGUUGGAAAACCAUACACGUCGCGUUUAGCGCUACAAAAACCAGCCGAGAUUUUUGAACCAGCGUUACAAGAACGAUUAGUGUGUAGACGUAGGUCAGAUAAUUCCAACGGAUCUUACCCUUCAGCUCAAGUUUACACAACAGUUGGUAUUUAUAAGGGAUCCAGAGUUGCUAUUAAAAAAAUUCUCAAGAAGAAAGUCGACAUAAAUAAAAAACUUCUGUUGGAAGUCAAGCAAGUCAGAGAUGUAUCGCACGAAAACACUGUCAGAUUCAUCGGUGCUUGCAUAGAAUGUCCCACGGUAUUAAUUUUAAUGGAAUAUUGUCCGAAAGGAAGUCUCAAAGACGUACUCGAAAACGAAGAAUUAAAAUUAGACUGGAAUUUCAGAAUGUCUUUGAUACACGAUAUUGUUAAGGGCAUGGCUUACCUUCAUAGCUGUGAAAUAGUUCAUGGAAAAUUAAGAUCGAGAAAUUGCUUGAUAGACGGACGUUUUGUUCUAAAAAUCUCCGAUUUCGGUUUACAAAAUCUAACCACACCAACCGAAAUCAUUAAAGAUCUCAAUUAUUUUAAUAAAUUACUUUGGGUAGCACCUGAAUUGCUCUCAGAAUACAAGCAGAAUAGCUACGCUGCUUCUUGCAAAGGAGACGUGUAUAGUUUUGCUAUUAUUUUAGAAGAAAUUGUUGUGAGAGGAGGUCCUUACGAAAACGUGAAAGAUACAUUAACUACCGAAGAAAUACUAGAUUUAGUGGAAAAGCAAACAAACCCGGCUUUCCGGCCCGAUGUUAGUGGAUACGAUUGCCCCGAAGAUUUAUUAGAAUUGAUGAAUAAAUGUUGGGCUGAUAAUUUCGAAGAAAGACCUUCUUUUGAGAAUAUUCGUGAUUUAAUUAGACGGACCAUGAAAGGUUAUUGCGAAAAUUUAAUGGACGAUUUGCUUAAACGAAUGGAACAAUAUGCCAAUAAUUUAGAAGUUUUAGUAGAAGAAAAAACAGACCAACUUAGCCAAGAGAAGAGAAGAUCCGAAGAAUUACUUUUUCAAGUUUUACCAAGACCUGUUGCUCAACAGCUGAUGGCCGGCGAAAUGGUAAAACCAGAACAAUUCGAAUGCGUCACGGUGUAUUUUAGUGAUAUUGUAGGAUUUACUGCGUUAUGCGCUCAAAGUUCACCGAUGCAAGUGGUGAAUUUAUUGAACGAUUUAUACAGCACAUUCGAUCGAGUUAUUGGUUUCUAUGACGUAUAUAAGGUGGAAACGAUAGGAGAUGCAUACAUGGUGGUCUCAGGUUUACCAGAAAGAAAUGGAGAUAAUCACGCUAGAGAAAUAUGUUUAAUGGCAUUGGCGAUCUUGGAUGCAGUUCAAUCGUUCAGUAUACAACACCGACCUGAUGCUCAACUCAAAGUUCGCAUCGGAAUACAUUCUGGUCCUGUAUGUGCUGGAGUCGUUGGUCAAAAGAUGCCUCAUUACUGUUUAUUUGGUGAUACUGUGAAUACUGCUUCGAGAAUGGAAUCUACUGGACAACCAUUACGUAUACACGUAACACAUACUACAAAAGAUAUCCUGGACACAUUCAACUCGUUUCAAUUAGAACUUCGAGGUGAGGUCGAGCUCAAAGGAAAAGGCACAAUGAUAACGUAUUGGUUACUCGGAUGCAACGAAUAUGAUCCGAGACCCCCAACUCCGCAUCAUUGUAGUGAUACUACAGAUACAAAUCCUUAUCCUCUCAUUUUUCCCGAAUUAAGCUUAGCUCCUAAAUAAUGUAGUGUUAAUUAAUUAUUGAUCUUCACUUUUGUAUUUUGUACAAAUAAGAUGCCUGCAUCUGCGAGGUUACCUUUUAAAUGCGUUUAUUGUUUUGUAUUUAAAUAUUUUACUGAUUUUCUUGUGUGUACCUACUUAUUUUUCAAUUAUUCGAACCAUGACUUUGUUACUCGUUUUCAAUUUUCUUCGACGUCUAAUAAAUGUUUGUAAUUCUGUU